GAAACUACUUUGCAAGUCACUUCUUUAUGGGAGGUGAGAAGUUUGACACCCCUCACCCUGAGGGCUACCUUUUUGGCGAGAACAUGGAUCUGAACUUCCUCGGGAAUAGACCUGUUCAGUUUCCCUAUGUAACUCCAGCUCCACAUGAGCCUGUGAAGACACUGAGAAGUUUGGUGAAUAUCCGCAAAGACUCUCUCCGUCUUGUGAGGUAUAAAGAUGAUGUUGACAGUCCUACGGAGGAGACCGGAAAGCAGAAGGUCCUUUACAGCCUGGAGUUCACAUUUGAUGCGGAUGCUCGCGUUGCCAUCACCAUCUACUGCCAGGCUACAGAAGAGUUUGUUGGUGGCAUGGCAGUAUACAGCACAAAGAAUCCCUCUCUGCAGUCGGAGACGGUUCAUUACAAGAGAGGGGUAAGCCAGCAAUUCUCCCUCCCAUCCUUCAAGAUUGAUUUCUCAGACUGGAAGGAUGAUGAGCUGAACUUUGACUUGGACCGUGGCGUUUUCCCGGUGGUGAUCCGAGCGGUGGUGGAUGAAGGCGAUGUGGUGGUUGAGGUGACGGGUCAUGCCCAUGUUCUACUGGCUGCAUUUGAAAAGCACGUUGAUGGCAGUUUUUCCGUGAAGCCGUUAAAACAGAAGCAGAUCGUUGACCGGGUGAGCUAUCUGCUUCAGGAGAUCUACGGCAUCGAGAACAAAAACAACCAAGAGACUAAGCCCUCAGAUGACGAGAACAGCGACAACAGCAACGAGUGUGUGGUUUGCCUGUCAGACCUCCGCGACACCCUCAUUCUGCCCUGCAGACACCUCUGCCUGUGCAAUUCCUGCGCUGACACCCUGCGCUACCAGGCCAACAACUGCCCCAUCUGCAGGCUGCCCUUCCGUGCCCUGCUGCAGAUCCGGGCUGUGAGGAAGAAGCCAGGAGCUCUGUCACCAGUGUCGUUCAGCCCUGUCUUGGCACAGAGUGUUGACCAUGACGAGCAUUCUAGCUCUGACAACAUCCCUCCAGGCUACGAGCCCAUUUCCUUGCUGGAAGCGUUGAAUGGCCUUCGUUCAGUUUCCCCCACCAUCCCAUCAGCUCCUCUGUAUGAAGAAAUCAGCUACUCCGCCGUGGUGGAUGGGAUGCCGCCUCCCAGCCGACCGCUCGUGGGGAUGGACAGAGCUGUGGAGAGCAGCCACCAAAAGGGCAAGCGCAGCAAGUCUCCAGAUAGCACACUACGGUCUCCCUCGUCCCCCAUCCACGAGGAGGAUGAAGAGAAGCUCUCCGAGGACUCCGACUUGCAGCCGGCCCUGGGCAGGGGUGAGCUGGUCCUGGGAGAGACCAGCUCUCCAGAGAGCGUGGCAGGAGAAGAGAUGGAGGAGGCCUCGUCCCUGCAGCAGGGUAGGCAUGCGCUCGGCCAUGGGGGUGGCCGGACCUCGUCUUGGUGUCCCCAGCUCUGCUGUG